AUGCUGCGAACCGUCGCUAUAUCGCUGGUCUUGGCCGCGGACGCAGCAGCCGCAGAGGCUGCCCUGCCUGCGCCAGGGCCGUUAUCCUGUAGUGCCUGCCUCUGGGCGGCCAAAGCGCUGCGGGCGGCUCUCUUGGAGAAGAUGCCAAAGCGUGUCAAGGCAAAGCAGAGAAGGCUCCUAGCGGAGAAGGCCCUGGCUGGCAGCGGUGCUGCCGACGCUGGCGCUUGCGCCCAACGGCGCUUCUCAAAGCAGGUCGUGCUGUGGGUGCCUCCGUCCGGGCAGUCGCCGCCCAGCUACCAAGACUUCAAUGACGUUCGUGGUGGCAACUCGCACUCUCUUACGAGCGAGCACUUCCAGCUCCUGGGGACCAGUGAGGCAGCGAAGGGCAACCUUACGGAGCUCUGUGCCACGCUCCUGAGGACAUUCCAAGAAGAGCUUGUUGACAAGGCGGCUCGCCACGAGGGCCGCAUGUACGGCGCGCUCACAGAGCAUUGGCUGUGCUUCCGGAAAGCCCAGCUCUGCACUGCGAAGGAGGCGCCUCCGGGUAAGGACGACGAUGAGGAGGAAGACCUGUGA